AUGGCUAUACAACCAUACAAAAUGCUGGUGUGGAACGUGCGGGGCUUGAACUCCCCGGCACGGCGGAACGCUAUUCUCCAAAAUGGAAAACUUCUUCUACCUUCCAGCGGUGGGUACACGGGCGGCAUUUUGAUUGCAUGGGACGCCACCGUGGUGGCGGUGUCAAACCCGCACCGGACGAACAACACACUCACGGCCCUGGUUAAGCCGAUCGAGGGGGGCGAAUGGUGGCUCACCGACGUGUAUGGGCCUCAGGGAAGCGAGGCCAAGGUUAAAUUCAUGCGGGAGCUCAUGGAGAUACGUGACUUGCAUGCUGGCCCAUGGACGGUGGUCGGGGACUUUAACCUCUUGGUUAACCCCGACGACAAGAGCAACGAUGUGGUGAACCACAUGAUGAUGGCGAGGUUCCGGACUAAGCUCAACCAGCUGGAGCUGCGUGAGAUGUACUUGAAUGGGAGGAGGUACACAUGGUCGAAUGAAAGGCAGCGACCCAUGCUCGAGAAGAUUGACCACGUCUUUACCUCUAGCUGCUGGGAGGAUUUGCACCCAACAUGCUUGCUUACGGCGAUGGGAUCGGUUGUGUCCGAUCAUUGCCCACUGCUGAUGGACUUACACGCGGACUUCACCAUGGGCAAGAGGUUCCGUUUCGAGGCCUUCUGGCCAAAGGCGGAGGGAUUCUUCGACGUAGUCGACACGGCUUGGCAUUCGGUGCCCGGGACGGGGAACCCUUUUGUCGCGCUAGACAAUAAACUGCGGGCCACCGCCAAGGCCCUACAGCGAUGGAGCGAUAAGUGGAUUGGUAACGCUAAGCUGCAAACCUUGAUCGCCCUCGAGGUCAUUGCGAGGCGUGCAUUGCAAGCGAACGGCCGCAUGCUAACCGGCCAGGACGAGAUUGCGGAGGAAGUGGACGCGUAUUAUUCCAGGCUCUUUGGGUCGGCCCCGGAGAGAGAUUUUGCGCCGAACAUGGAAACUUUGGGAUUGCCGGUGCGUGACCUCUCGCACCUUGAGGCCCCGUUCACACAUGAGGAGGUGGAGAAGGUGGUGAAAGGGAUGCCACUCGAUAAGGCGUCGGGACCGGACGAAUUUACGGGGCGCUUUUAUGCCUCGUGCUGGCAUAUUAUACGGGACGACAUCAUGAGGGUGAUGGACCACUUUUUCCGUGGAGACAUGUGGGGGCUGCCUUCGAUCAAUAAGGCGAUAGUCACCCUUCUGCCCAAGAAGAUGGGGGCGGUGGAGCUAAAGGACUACAGACCGGUGAGCCUCAUUCAUGGGGCAAUCAAGAUUUUCGAGAAAGUCCUGGCAACAAGGUUGGCGGCGGAACUACCGCAUCUCGUGGGCAACCAUCAAAGUGCGUUUGUAAGCGGGCGGUCUCUCCACGAUAACUUCAUGUUGGUUCAGUGCACGGCUAGGCGCCAGCACGCUUUGCGGGAGCCCACGGUGCUCAUGAAGUUGGACAUAUCUAAGGCCUUCGACACCAUCCAGUGGCCGUUCCUACUAGAAGUACUGGAGCACAUGGGCUUUGGAGGAAGAUGGCGGGCUUGGAUUUGUGGCAUUCUUUCCACGUCGACCACGCGGAUUGCGGUGAAUGGGGUGCCCGGUGACACGAUCUUCAACUGCUGCGGCCUCCGCCAGGGGGACCCGGUAUCCCCAAUGCUAUUCAUUUUGUGCAUGGAACCGUUGCACCGGCUGUUCCUCAAGGCCACGGCAGUUGGCAUCCUCACCCCCUGGCACGUCGUGGACUGCGGCAUCGGCUUUCCAUGUUCGCGGAUGAUGUGA